AUGCACAUCUACUCACUUUCUACCGUUUCUGUGCUCACAGGGAGUGCGAACAGUCGCGUGAGUGGGCUUCUGAGUAAACACAAUGGCGGGGGCACAGGUGGUUCUGGAGAGCCUCGGUUCAUGCUGUUUAAGACUCCGGUGGAUCUCUAUGACAUUGUUAUUGAUAAACCCGAUGUGCGGUGCAAGUACGAAGUGAACGCCGAGGAAACGUCUCACUCUGAUCCACACCGGAUACCGUGUGAGUGUAUCCGAGGACCCAGCGAAAAGAGUGAAUGGAACUAUAAAGUGCGCAAGAAUACAUGGCUUGAAGAUGAGCCUGGGGCAAGAGAAAAGGACUCAAACAGUCCUAAACACGGAGAGGUAGGAAAUGAUGCGGACGAGGAAGAUGAGGAAGUAGAACCGAUAGCGCCCGUGGAUUCGAAAUGGAUGUCUUUAGGACACGGCGAUGAAAAAGGUGGACUUUAG